AUGGAACAUGUUGUGUACUCGGCGAACAGCGCGCGCCAGGCCUGCCAACAGCAGCGACGCCCGGCUGGUGUGGUGUUGUCAGAUGGAGCGCCGUGCCGUGCCGCAGGGCCGGCGGCGGUGGGCGGCGCACUCGCCUGGAACGCCAGCGCCGGCGGCGGCGCCGGGGGCGGCGGGGACGCUGGGGCCGGAGGGCCGUCGCCGGAGGAGGAGGGCCCGCCCAUCUCGACGUCGGGGCCCGGCGUGGUGGUGCGCGCCGAGGAGGCGCUCAUAGUUCUGCUGGUGCUGGUGCUGUGGCUGGCCGCCAUCGCGCUCUUCUUCAACCGCUGGGGCAAGAUCCGCAUGCUGGAGCCGUACCAGCCCAAGUUCCAGCAGCAGCACCGCGUCAGCUGCCCCAUGGUCGACAUCAACGCCGUCCAGCACCGCUCGUUCUCCAAGUUCAACUUGAACUGCCUGGGCGAGGCUGGUUCGGGAGCGCCACCGCUGCGGCCGCUGCUGCGCCCGCGGCAGAACUCGGUGUUCGUGGGCGGCUCGGGCUACAUGCUGCCGCCGCACCUGGGCCCCCCGCGGAAGGCCAAGUCGGCCGCCGACCUGCAGACGCUGGUGCUGGACGCGCCGCCGCACGCCGACCCCGACGCCGCCUCCGCCACAGCCUCCGCCUCCGGCCUGGCCGCCCCCGCCGCCGCCAGCGCCGCCGGCAGCACCUGCCGGCUCGACUCGUACCGCGUCACGCACGUCUGAGGCCUCCGCCUCCCUCUUCACUAUCCACACUCAGCCGUCGAACUCUUCCUGUCGUCACACUUACUUCAACUAGUAGGUUCAUCUCUACAAACUCUAAUCGACAGAUACUUCCACGGACUGCUGGACACUCUGAACAACUCGCAGUCCUGGCAGCACACUCACCUACUGGAGACUUUUGUUCGUGUUUAUCUAUAAAUAUCUAAUGAUGUUGACAAAAUGAUGAAAUUUCGUACUGUGUUAUUUCUCUCUCGAGUGAUCCUUCUCCUGAACGUAAAUAUUAUUUUUGAGCUCAUGGGAAUCUGUCAAGAGGCCGCUAUUGCUCUUGUGAUUGCUACGUUUCAUACAUUUUUGGACAACAUGAUUGUGGAGAUGAAGCAGCGAUUAGUAUGAUUGAUCAAUAUUUCAAAAACAGUCUUAAUCGCAUUUAUUAUUAUUAUUAUUAUUAUUAUUAUUAUACAGCCAACCGGUUUCAACCCGACGUGGGGGUCAUCUUCUGGGCGU